AUGCUCUCCCCCGAGCGCCACCGCCACCACCGCCACCCCCCGCCGCCGCAGCCGCCGCCGCCGCCGCACCACCCGCCGCAGCCCAGCCAUGUCGUGGCCACCAUCGAGAACCUGCCGGCGGAGGGCGGCAGUGGCGGCGGCAGGAGCGGCAUCUCCGCGCCCUCCUCCAGCGUGCGCCAGAGGAUCAGGAAAGUGCUGAACAGGGAUCUCUUGCUGUCUGUGGCACUUGGCCAGGUACUCUCCCUCCUUAUCUGUGGCAUUGGUCUCACAAGCAAGUAUCUGUCAGAAGACUUCCAUGCCAACACACCUGUUUUCCAGAGCUUCCUCAAUUAUAUUCUUCUGUUCUUGGUCUACACAACAACACUAGCUGUCAGACAAGGAGAAGAAAACUUGCUGGCAAUUUUGAAGAGGAGAUGGUGGAAGUACAUGAUCCUGGGGAUAAUAGAUAUAGAAGCCAACUACCUGGUAGUCAAAGCUUAUCAAUACACGACUCUUACCAGUGUACAGCUCCUAGACUGUUUUGUCAUCCCAGUGGUGAUACUCCUCUCCUGGUUCUUCUUACUGGUACGAUACAAGGCAGUGCAUUUCAUUGGGAUUGUGGUCUGCAUUCUGGGCAUGGGCUGCAUGGCAGGAGCAGAUGUCCUCGUUGGGAGACAGCAAGGAGCAGGUGAAAAUAAACUGAUAGGGGACCUCUUAGUACUUGGUGGAGCAACACUGUAUGGCAUCUCGAACGUCUGUGAGGAGUACAUCGUCCGAAAUCUGAGUCGAGUGGAAUUCCUGGGCAUGAUCGGGCUCUUUGGCUCCUUCUUCAGUGGAAUUCAGCUUGCAAUCAUGGAACACAAAGAGCUGUUGAAAGUCCCCUGGGACUGGCAAAUAGGCUUGCUGUAUGUUGGCUUUAGUGCCUGUAUGUUUGGCCUCUACAGCUUUAUGCCAGUGGUCAUAAAGAAAACCAGUGCUACUGCUGUCAACCUCUCCCUGCUCACAGCUGACCUGUACAGCCUCUUCUGUGGAUUAUUCCUCUUCCACUACAAGUUUUCAGGACUUUACUUGUUGUCAUUCUUCACGAUCCUUGUUGGGCUGAUGCUGUACUCCUCCACUUCCACCUACGUAGCCCAGGAUCCUCGGGUGUACAAGCAGUUUCGAAACCCUUCCGGACCUGUUGUAGACCUGCCAGCCACCAGCCAGAUGGAGCCUUCGGUGACAUACACCAGCCUGGGGCAGGAGACAGAAGAGGAGCCUCACGUUAGAGUUGCUUAAACCCAGGGCUGUUGAUCACCUAUUGACAGUGGAGCUCGUAUAUCCAUUAUCUCUGUAUUGUCCAUAGAGAAAGGUAUUUACCAGGUGCAGUUACACUGGUGAGCUGCAAGGUAGCAAAUAAGGAAAGCUCAUCCAAACACAAAUUAAUUGUUCCAGGGUGUUCCUUGCAAGGAGGUGCCAGUCCCUCGUUUAAGAAAUGAGCAGCAUGUUUGCAAUACAAACUGCUGGGUAGGAAUCAGUUAAUGUCAAACUACCUGUGAAAGAUGUUCAAUACGUAAGAUGAAAUUACAAAAAAAGAAAUUCAUAGAAGGGUGUUUUACACACACAGAGUGAUAUUAUGCCUAAGCCACACCAGUUGUGGAAAAAAUGCCUUUUUACAGCAAAUACACUUUGUGCAGUCACUGUUAAUUUCUCUCUAAAAUAUGUUUGUUUGCACAAAACAGAUGGGUUAGUCGUGGUUACAACACCCUGACACAUUUUUGCUAGCACCUUGGAUUUGGUGAGGGAAAUACAAUGAGUUCUUCUGUGCUAUCUGUCUAGUUGCCCUUUCUAGGUAAUGUGAUCCAUGAAUCCAGAGAAGGGACAACUUACAAUAUCCGUCUCUAUUCUAGGAAUAGGUAUAAGGUGAGCAUUUUAGCCUUUCUAUAUUUGCAGAAGUGAAGUACUCAAGCAUUGACCUCUCUAUGAUCCAUGGCAGAUUUCCUGGUGGCCAAGGCUCUGCAUCAGGUGACAGGGAGUCAGUUUCUCUGUAGUCGUGACUCAACACAGAUUUCUUACUUUUAAAGUUUUAACCUGUAGAAAGAAAAACACAUUUUCUAGUUUCCUACGUAUUGUACCCCUCCACAGAAAGAUGACACAUCAUGUGGAUCAGGGCACUUAUUUUAGAUACUCAGUGCAUCGAGGGUGCCUUCUGCUGUUCCAGUUUGCAUAGUCUCCCGUGGUUCAUUAUUCUAACAAUAGCUAUUUAGAAAUGUGUCAGUUUUUCACCAAAACCCACAGAUUGUAAAAAUCAGGAAGAUCAAGGGAGGAAUUCACAAGCAGAAAGACUGGACCAUCUGCUGGUGUUGCCUCAGUAGCACAAAGGCAUUUUACUGGCAGGGUGCAGCCAAUUAUUUUUCAUUAACUGUGAAGCAAGUAGAAGAAUUCAGCAGUUUUCUUACAUUCCUGGGGACGUGUGAAAAUAGUAAGGGUGUGCUCCACGCUUCUGUAUACCACUGUACUUCUGCCUCAGGAGCCUUACCAAAAUGGGAGAAAUCUUAGUCACCACCAUGAAAAAUCCAUCUUUGCCUGUAUGUUUGCUCUUCUGAGAGCCCAGUACAAGGAAAUCAUUAUUCCAAGAUCCUUUAUCUAUUUGUAAUUUAAAGUUAAGGAAGAUGAGGUGUUCCUGUGUCUAAAGAUAGGUGAGGAAUCUAGGGGAGUUUUUAUUCACCAAUCUGCCACAUCUUUGCAUGAAUCCUUGGGCAUGACUUACCUUCUGUGUGGCUGAGUUUCCCAAUCGAUAUAUAUGGGAAUAGUGGCAUUUUACCUACCUCACAGAGGUGCUAUGGGACCAAGUUAUCUUAAAAUGCUUCAGGAUCUUCAGAAAGAAGGUGUUUAAGAAGCACAUUACAGUGCUGUAAAAGUGUGUAUACAUUCACUGUAUUUGAAAAUGGAGUUUAAGGCAUGGUUGAUGAAUAUUUUGCUUGUGGGCAUAGAAGAUGAAUUUGAUUUGAAUGUUAUUCUACUGAAAAAGACUGUUUCAAGCAAAAAUGUAGGCCUUCAUGUUUGAAAAAUACAACUUACCUACAUCUAUUUAAAAAAGAAGAAAAAAACAAUCUAUACACUGGAGAUUAGAAAGGUCACACGGUUCAACCAAGCAGGAUGAAUUUCUGCUGAGGUAACAUUCAUUUUUUAUAGUCCUGUUCUGCUUUAAUACAGAAGGAACUUCCCUGAAGCAGACUGAGAGAAGUGUAUAUAUGCAUAAUAGACAUGAAGUGGCAAAUGUCAAAAUGCUUUUGAACAGCAGAAGUAUGCUGUAUCUUAUUCUUGCUGUGGAGAAGAGAUUAUUUCUUUCCCACUGUGUUUAGGCUGUCUGCCACAACCCUGCUGCACCUGGGGGAAGGUUCUGCAGUAUUGCCAAAUCAUGCCCAAAACUAGCCCUAUAGCUUUGGUUAAGAUGCCUUGGUACUAAACAAACAAAUGUAUAAU